UUUCACUCUCAGACGCCAUUUCUGAUUCUUGCACUGUAAAUCAACAAAAAUCUUCACGUCUCACUUUAUAUAUCAACCACUCACCAUCUCCAAGCGGUACGGAGCUUCAAGUCUUCAGAGCUCGUUCUUCCAUGUCGAACUGUAACAGGAGCUACCGCUAGUACUAGCGACUGAUAAGACUGUCUUGCUAAUGGUUUCAAUGGCCUCUAUAUCCACUUGCUUCACUCUCCCUUCCAUUUCCCGCUCCAUUUCGAGCUCCGUCUCUCUCAGGACCCCCGGUCGCUUCCCGCGGGUUGCACAAGCGGCGAAUUUUCCAAGAGGCCCGUGGCGGCUCGCCCGGGGACGGCAGAGUGUUUUAUUGCCGGCUCCUAGGGCGAGUAUUGACGUGAUUAGGCCCGGCGGCGCGGUGGAGAGCGAUAGGUUGCCUUCUGAUGUGAGGAAGAGAGCAAUGGAGGCCGUGGACUCCUGCGGUGGGAGGGUUACCAUUGGUGAUGUGGCGAGCAAGGCUGGACUUAAGCUGGAUGAAGCUCAGAGGGCGCUUCAGGCGCUUGCCGCCGACACCAAUGGCUUCUUGGAGGUUUCAGAUGAAGGCGAUGUUCUGUACGUCUUUCCAAAGGAUUACCGCGCGAAGCUCGCUGCAAAGUCAUUCCGGCUAAAGAUUGAGCCUUGGUUCGAUAAGGCGAAGGGCGUGGCAGAGUAUUUGGUUAGAGUAUCCUUUGGCACAGCCUUAAUAGCCUCGAUCGUCCUUGUAUAUACUACAAUUAUUGCCAUCAUCUCAAGCAGAAGUGAAGAAGAUAAUCGGGGAAGACGUGGAGGCAGAUCAUAUGGUUCAGGAUUUACGCUAUAUUUCACUCCCACUGAUUUAUUUUGGUAUUGGGAUCCAUAUUACUAUAAGAGACGACGAAUCCAAGCCGACGGUGAUAGGAUGAACUUCAUUGAAUCUGUCUUCUCAUUUGUAUUUGGAGAUGGGGAUCCAAAUCAAGGAAUUGAAGAAGAAAGGUGGAAGUUGAUUGGUCAAUACAUAGCAUCCAACGGCGGCGUUGUUGCAGCUGAAGAACUUGCCCCGUAUCUUGAUAUUCAAAAAAAGCAAGAUAUGAGUGACGAAUCAUACAUCCUACCUGUGCUUUUGCGGUUCGAUGGUCAGCCAGAAAUUGAUGAGGAGGGGAACAUUCUGUAUCGAUUUCCAUCACUACAGCGUACAGCUUCGUCCCAGCUAAGUGGAAGGAAAGAAUAUGUAGGAAGAAGAUGGGCUGAUUGGGUUGGUGGAGUUGAGAAGUUCUUUAAAGAAAAGAAAUGGCAAUUCAGUAAAACCAGCACAUCGGAGAGGGCUAUGGUAAUUGGCCUGGGUGGGCUGAAUCUGUUUGGUGUUAUCAUUCUAGGAACAAUGUUAAAGGAUUACUCUGUUAUUCCAAGUGGAUUCAUAAAGUUUGUUGUCGACAUCUUUCCCCUACUUCAGGUCUAUGCUGGUUCCUUCUUUGCAAUCCCCUUGAUCCGAUGGUUCCUUGUUCAAAAAAGGAAUGCUGACAUUGAAGAGAGAAAUCGAGCCAGACUUCAGUUUGCUCAAGCGCUUGAACUGCCAGAUAUUUCACUUAGGCGGAAGCUCUUGAGCGCUCGGGAUAUGGCCCAGAGAACCGUGAUUGGACCAGAUCGAAUUGUCUACAGCACUGACAAGGACUUGUUCAACCAAGACUACGAGGCCCAGGAAUGGGAGAGGAGGUUCCGAGAGAUUGAGCGGUCAGAUUAAGCAGGCUUAAAUUUCAUUGACGGUCAGUCCGUGCUGGAAGAAAGGAGCCUCCUGUGCAGAAGAAACAACAGGAGCCCGUGCGGAAAAAACAACUGGAGUACCCCUACAAGAGAAGGCCAUUUGCUUGUGUUCUUACCCUUCUUUGCACAGGAGAUAUACCGACGGAUCUGUAUCCGAUUUUACCAGCAUUGCAGCAGUGCUGUUUUUUAGUAUAUAGAAACUGCAAUAUCCCGAAAUAGUACUGCACAGAUCAUUAAUUACUGAAGGGAUCCCACUGUCAUGUGCUGAUAUUGAUGGGAUCGAUUCCUUUUUAUGAAGAGGUUGUCAUUUUGCUUU